GUCUUAUUUGCAUCUUCUCUUCAUUUAGCCAAUAGGAGCUGUUGCUCUUUUGUCCUGCGCCUUCUGAAAAGGAUUUGUCACCUGACUCCGCUCAACAUGGCUGCGUUCUUAGCUCUGGUGCUUUGGGCGCGAGGAGCAGGAAUUAGUCCACGAAUGAAAAUUUGAGAAUGUAAUUUUCUGUGCAAUUCAUCUCAACCUCCCUGCACUCUGUGCUGGGGAAAAUGCUUCAUCCAUUUGGAAAAGAGGAAACUGCGUCCCAAAAGCAGCUUUUUGGAUUUUUCUGUGACUGCCUUCAGAGAGGAGAAUGGGAGCUGGCACAGGCAUGUGUACCUCAGCUGCACGAGGCACAGGGGGAUAUCCCCCAAAAGGUGGAAGACAUACUGCAGGCGCUGGUGGUGUGUCCAAAUCAGCUGAGAUGUGGACAGGACAUCAGCCCUCAAAAACUGGCCUGGUUCUGGCUUCUUGUACUAGAGAAAUGGAUGGCCCUAAAAAAGAAACUACUUCCUAGUGUUUUCCGGAGAAAACUUGAGUUUCUUUUAUUGUCAGGAGACCUUCCUGGUGACAUUCCAGAAGACAUCCUCAAGGAGCUGUAUGAAAUCUUAGCACAAGACUCGGGCCCUGUGUUUGAUGGAAAUCAGAGACAGGAGAGCUGGGCCCCACAGCUCAGCUCAGUAGCUGUAUCUGUGCUCUGGGACCUUCUGCAGCAGGCUCCCCAGCCUACACAGGCCCUGCUGCAGCUCCUGCUUAGAGGGGAUGACGGCACUGGCUGCUGUGGCUGGCCUCUGCAGAAGGCUCUUGUGGACCUCAUUCGAAAAGCACUGCGGGCUUCAAGGGACCCUACCUCUUUGACUCCUGGGGUAGCAGGCGCCAUCUAUGGGGUCCUUCGCACUCUGUAUUGCCCUGCAGAGCUGCUUGGGCCCGAGCUGCAUCUCCUGUGUGAGGAACUGCUGGAUGCCUGCAGGGCAGAAGGAAGCCCCCUACAGGAGGAGCAAGUUCUGGGCUCCCUGCUGCACAAGACUGGACGGGUCCUGGUGUCCCUUUAUGGCCGUACCUAUGCAGAGAAGGUCACCAAAAAAUCACCAGAGACCACUCCUUUGGAAAAGGCUCUACAAGAUCAUCUGGAUCCUGAGCAGGCAAUGUUAGCCCUGUUCUCUAAUCCUGACCCAGCCCAGGUUUGGAAAUCAGCCUGUUUCUACUGCCUGGGCAAUAGCAAACACUUCCUCGAGCAGAUCCUAGUGACAGCACUAGCGCUAUUGAAAGAGGAAGACUUCCCAAGUCUUGGCUGUCUACUAGAUAGAGAAUUCAGGCCUCUCAGCCGACUGCUCGUGCUCCUGGGAUGGACAUAUUGCCAGAGCUUAGAUUCAGCCAAAGGGCUGCUCCAGACGCUCCACAGGACCCAGGACCAAGACUGCGAUAAGCUCCUCAGGGAUGCCUGUGAUGGGUUGUGGACUCACCUGGAGGUCCUGGAGUGGUGUGUACAGCACAACAGCAGCCCUAUACCAAAGAGAGAUCUCUUGUGUCAUUUACAUGGUGGAGACAGCCACUCAGUGCUCUACUCUCUUCACCACCUGACAAACCUUCCAGCACUCAGGGAGGAAGAUGUACUCGAGCUCAUACAGAAAGUGCCAGCCAAAGACCCCCAGCAAGAACACGAUUCUGCUAAUACCUUGGCCCCCGAGCACCUGAGUCAAUGUCAAAACCUGACACUCUACCAGAGCUUCUGUGCCAUGAAGUAUGCUAUCUAUGCCCUCUGUGUGAACUCACACCAGCACUCCCAGUGCCAGGAAUGCAAACACAGUCCCUCUGAGGACCUAACUUCAGCUACAGAGCCAGCAGGUGACUUUCCCUCCUUCCCAGGUGCUUCAAAUCUCUUCUCAACAUACCUGGCCAGGUGCCAGCAGUACCUGCGCAGUGUCCCUGACUCUCUGUGCCUGGAACUCCUCGAAAACAUCUUCUCACUGCUCCUAAUCACCUCUGCCGAUCUUCACCCAGAGCCUCACCUUCCCGAGGACUAUGCUGAGGACGAUGAUGUUGAGGAGAAGAGGCCUCAGGGUUUGAGGUCCCCAUCGGAGAGCCCUCAACACACAGCACAGCCUGAAAGGAAGUUAGAAAGGGUUUCUCAGGGAAUCCCCAGGAACCUUGCUUACACAGUCCCAAACUUUCUGAAAACGGAGGCAAAGGACAGUUACCCAGGACCUCACAGGAACAGCUUUUUGGAUCUUAAGCACUUUACUCGUGGCGUCAGUGGAUUCCUGGCUGAUGAAUGUGCAAUAGGGGCCUUCCUUGGGCUUCUCCAGGAGCGACUGGAUGAAAUCAGUAGCCACAAUCCUCCAGAGAAAUCAAAGCUGCUAGAAGGCCAAAAGGACUCGGGAAGCAGAGAUGGACUACAGACCCGUCUGCACCGGUUUUCCAAGGUUCUCUCUGAGGCCCAGUGGAGAUAUAAGGUGGUAACAAGCAACCAAAGCUCAGAGGAGCAGCCUUCCCGAAGAUACUGGCCCAUUGCCACAGGGCACCCCAGUGUCCGCCGGAGUCGUCGGACAAGGAGAAGCCGGGCAGAUGGCCGGGACAGAGGUUCUAAUGCAUCCCUGGAAAGUACAAGUAGUGAACUGAGCACAAGUACUUCAGAGGGAAGUCUGAGUGCAGUAUCUGGAAAGAAUGAACAGGAUGGACGCUUGCAGCCCCAGAGUCCACUCAUUCCCAUGAUGUUCUCCCCAGCUGAGUCACUGCUGGCAUCCUGCAUCCUCCGUGGGAACUUUUCAGAAGCCCAUCAGGUGGUUUUCACAUUCAACCUGAAGUCUUCGCCCAGCUCGGGGGAACUGAUGUUGAUGGAGCGCUACCAGGAGGUGGUCCAGGAGCUGGCCCGAGUAGAGCACAAGAUCGAAAACCAGAACUCAGAGGGAGGUAGCAGCACCAUUCGAAGGACUGGCAGUGGCCGCUCCACUCUGCAGGCCAUUGGCAGUGCUGCGGCGGCAGGGAUGGUGUUUUACUCCAUCUCCGAUGUGACCGACAAGCUGCUCAGUACCACUGGAGACCCUAUCUCUACACUUCAGGAGGACUUUUGGGUGAGCAGUACCCUAUUGGAGCCCACGGCUCCUCUGAAAGAGGUUCUGGAAGAUCUCAGUUCUCCUGCCAUGGCUGCCUUUGACCUGGCGUGCUCUCAGUGCCAGCUCUGGAAAACCUGCAAACAGCUCCUAGAAACAGCCGAGAGGCGUCUCCACAGUAGCCUUGAGAGCAGAGGCCGACGCCUAGACCACGUUCUCCUCAAUACUGAUGGCAUUCGAGGUUUUCCCGUUGUUCUUCAGCAAAUCAAUAAGAUUCUCAAUUACCCACUGCUGUCAGCUGGACAGACUAAAUCAGAGAGCACUGAAGAAAAGGGAGGAGCCUGCCCUCCCCGGUACAGCGUUGCUGAGCUUCUGCAGAUGUGCUGGCCCAGUCUAACUGAAGACUGUGUUUCCACCCACACCACCCUCUCCCAACAGCUGGAUCAGGUCCUGCAGUCACUGAGAGAAGCACUUGAGCUACCAGAGACCAAGAGCACUCCACUGACCUGCCUGGUUGAACAGGUGUCCCAGAAAGCUCCAGAAGCCGAGACCCACCCCGUGUACAUUCAAACUCAGCUCCUCCAGAAGAAUCUGGGAAGACAGACCCCAGCAGGUGGCAGGCAGACUGACUACCUGGGCAUCUUCUUUAGCUACUGCAGCACCUUGGCUGCAGUUCUCCUCCGGAGUCUGAGCUCUGAGCCUGAUCAUGUAGAGGGCAAGGUGGGAAAUCCCUUUGUUCUCCUGCAACAGAGCUCUUCCCAAUUGGUGUCACACCUCCUCCUGGAGAGACAAGUUCCCCCAGACAGGCUCGCAACCCUUCUGGUCCGAGAGGGUCUCAGCUUGAGUGUGCCCCAGGUCAUUGUCAACUGCUGCUGUGAACCCCUUGCCCUUUGCCCUUCCCAGCAGAGCCAGCGGACUCUGUCCCUUCUAACUCAGCUGGCCACUCUGGCCCAGCUGCACAUGUCCCACUGCUUAGAGGACCUCCCACUUCCUACUCCCAGCUCACCAAAACCAAACGAGGCUCUCACAGGGGAGAAGAAAAUUCGCUCCUCCCCAAGGGACUCAUCAUCCCCAGGCCUCACUUCUUCAGCCGUGGCUUUUCUCAAGUCCCGCUCUAAACUGCUGGCCACCGUGGCCUGUCUGAGAGCUUCCCGAGGACCAAAGACCACCUGGCACAGCUUGUCCUGGAAAGAACUCCGUGGCCACAGGGAAGUGCCUCUGACUGCAGAGCAGGUAACCCGGGAGUGUGAGCGCCUACUGCAACAGUUUCCUCUGCUGGAGGCCUCCCUGCUGGCUGCCUGGGAGCCCCUUCGAGGUCCCUCAGAGCAGGGCCAAAGUCUGGCAGCCAGUCUCAGUAGCCAGGCUAGUCUCUCCACUGUCCUCCUCGGCUUGCAUUCUCCCAGCGCCCCAGAUGUGCUCACCGAGGCCUUCGAGGAAGCCCUGGCAGCCAGAGAUUGGUCCCGGGCUCUUCAGCUCAUCGAAGUGUACGGCCACAACGUGGGUGACUUGAGCAGUGUGAAGGACGCAGUCCUGAGCUGUGCCACGGCGUGUGAUAAAGAAGGUUGGCAAUAUCUCUUUGCUGUGGAAGAUGCAUCUCUAAGAAGUCGAUUAAGUCUGCAGUUUGUGGACAGGUGGCCCCUGGACUCAUGCCUGGAGAUCCUGGCCUACUGCAUUUCAGACACAGCCAUCCAAGACGGACUCAAGUGUGAGCUCCAGAGAAAGCUGGCAGAACUGCGGGUAUAUCAGAAGAUUCUAGGUUUGCAGGCUACCCCCACAUGGUGUGACUGGCAGUCUCUGAAGAAGUGUUGUGUGGACAACCCAUCAGCUGUCAUGAACACAAUUCUAGAAGCAAAGGAGUAUGGCCUGUGUGAGGAAUGGAGCAGUUUAUACCCCAUCCCAAGGGAGCAUUUGAUCAGCCUCCAUCAAAAGCAUCUUCUCCACUUGCUAGAAGGAGGCAGUCAUGAAAAGGCUCUGCAACUCCUGAGAAGGAUUUCUGACCCCACCAUGUGCCUUGAAGUGACAGAACAGUCCCUUGACCAGCACCCCAGCUUGGCCACUUCUCACUUCUUGGCCAACUACCUCACCACCCACUUCUAUGGAGAACUGACUGCUAUUCGACACUGUGAAAUCCAGGCACUAUACAUGGGGUCCAAGGUUCUGCUGACCCUGCCUGAACAGCACCGAGCCAGUUAUUCCCACCUGUCCACUCAACCCCUGCUCAUGCUGGAGCAGCUGCUCAUGAACAUGAAGGUGGACUGGGCCACUGUGGCUGUGCAGACUCUGCACCAGCUGCUGGCUGGGCAGGACAUUGGCUUCACCAUGGGCGAAGUUGACUCUCUGCUUUCCACAUAUGCAGGGAAAGCUUUGGACUUCCCAUACUCUCUGAGGGAGAAGCGGUCAGAUUCUGUGAGUCACCUCCAGGAAACCUUCAGUCAGGCUUCAGACCUGGAGAGCCUGUCUAGAUCCCCAUCAGCAGAGUUCUCUUCUGCUACAACUCCUGGUACCUCCACUGCACAUUCCCCCAAUCUGAAGGAGAGGAGCUUCCUGCCAAGUCUCCCUUUAUUGGAGUUUGUGCCCCCUGCCACACCACCAGCCAGGCAUCAGUGGGUACCAGAUGAAACAGAGAGCAUCUGCAUGGUCUGCUGCAGGGAGCAUUUCACCAUGUUUAACAGGCGUCAUCAUUGUCGUCGCUGUGGCCGCCUAGUGUGUAGUUCCUGUUCCACGAAGAAAAUGGUGGUAGAAGGCUGCAGAGAGAACCCGGCUCGUGUGUGUGAUCAGUGCUAUAGUUAUUACAACAAGGAUGUGCCAGAAGAGAGUCCAGAACAGUCAGAAGCACCAGACAGUUGCAAGAGUGGAAGCCCUCCAUAUUCAGCUGUGGUGAGAGUCCCCAAAGCAACUGAGGUAGAAUGGAUCUUGGAUCUGAACGAGGAAGAAAAUGAAUUGGUGCGGAGUGAAUUUUACUAUGAGCAGGCCCCCAGUGCUUCCUUGUGCAUCGCCAUCUUGAAUUUGCACCAAGACAGCAUUGCCUGUGGCCACCAGCUGAUCGAGCACUGCUGCAGGAUGUCCCAGGGCCUCACAAAUCCAGAGGUAGACGCAGGGCUGCUCAUAGACAUCAUGAAGCAGCUGCUCUUCAGCGCCAAGAUGAUGUUCGUCAAGACUGGCCAGAGCCAGGACCUGGCUCUUUGUGACAGCUACAUCAGCAAGGUCGACGUACUGAAUAUUUUAGUUGUCGCCUCGUAUCGCCAUGUGCCAUCUCUGGAUCAGAUCCUCCAGCCGGCUGCAGUAACCAGGCUCAGGAAUCAGCUUUUGGAAGCUGAAUACUACCAACUAGGCAUCGAGGUCUCCACAAAAACUGGACUUGACACCACCGGUGCCUGGCAUGCUUGGGGCAUGGCCUGCCUUAAAGCUGGGAACCUCACUGCUGCACGGGAGAAGUUCAGCCGUUGUCUGAAGCCCCCCUUUGACCUCAAUCAGCUGAGCCAUGGCUCCAGAUUGGUACAGGAUGUGGUGGACUACCUGGAGUCCAUCGUGCGGCCGCUCCUGUCGGUGCAAGAUGAUGACUACCUGGCCACGUUGAAGGAACUGGAAGCGACCCUUCGGACCCAGAGUCUCUUUCUGGAAGUGGUACCUGAAGGGAAGAUCAUGAGCAACACCUACUACCAGGAAUGCCUCUUCUAUCUGCAUAACUACAGCACCAACCUGGCCAUCAUCAGCUUCUAUGUGCGGCACAGCUGCCUGCGGGAAGCCCUGCUGCAUCUCCUCAACAAGGAGAGUCCUCCAGAAGUCUUCAUUGAAGGUAUUUUCCAGCCAAGCUAUGAAAGCGGGAAGCUGCACAUUUUGGAAAACUUACUUGAAUCCAUUGACCCAACCCUGGAGAGCUGGGGAAAGUACUUGAUUGCUGCCUGCCAGCAUCUCCAGAAGAAGAACUACUACCACAUUCUGUAUGAGCUACAGCAGUUUAUGAAGGACCAAGUCCGGGCUGCCAUGACCUGUAUCCGGUUCUUCAGUCACCAGGCAAAAACAUACACAGAACUGGGAGAAAAGCUCUCAUGGCUGCUUAAGGCCAAGGACCACCUGAAGAUCUACCUCCAAGAAACCUCCCGCAGUGCUAGAAAAAAGAAGGCCACCUUCUUCCGGAAGAAGAUGACUGCAGCUGACGUGUCAAGGCACAUGAACACACUUCAGCUGCAGAUGGAAGUGACGAGAUUCUUACAUCGGUGUGAAAGUGCCGGGACAUCUCAAAUCACAGCCUUGCCUCUGCCGACCCUGUUUGGAAACAACCACAUGAAAAUGGAUGUUGCCUGCAAGGUCAUGCUAGGAGGCAAAAAUGUAGAAGAUGGUUUCGGAAUUGCAUUCCGUGUUCUGCAGGACUUCCAGCUGGAUGCUGCUGCAACCUACUGCAGGGCUGGCCGGCAGUUGGUGGAGAGGGGGAAAUACAGUGAAAUCCGACAGCUGCUCAAGUGCGUCAGUGAGUCAGGCAUGGCAGCCAGAAGCGACGGGGACACCAUCCUCCUCAACUGCUUGGAAGCAUUCAAGAGAAUCCCACCCCAGGAGCUGGAGAGUCUAAUCCAGGCAAUACACAACGAUGAUAAUAAGGUUCAGGCCUACCUGACAUGUUGCAAACUGCGUUCAGCUUACCUGAUUGCUGUGAAGCAAGAGCUUGCACGGGCCACGGCUCUUGUUCAGCAGGUGGAGCAGGCAGCCAAGAGCAGCGGGGACACAGUAGUGCAAGACAUCUGUGCCCAGUGGCUCCUGACAAGCCGCAGCCGGGGUGAGCCUGGCACAGGCACUAAGAAAUGACCCUGGGCUGAGAACUGUGGAGCAGAAGCAAGGGCAAUGCUUUCAUCUUGGGCAAGGAAAGGAGAUUCACAUAAGUGCCAUGUGUCUGUAAACUUGUAGUGUGUGUGUGUGUGUGUGUGUGUGUGUGUGUGUGUGUGUGUGUGUGUGUGUGUGUGUAGAUGGGCAGUUCUUUCUACCUCUGAGUGAGUGAGUGUGGUGCACACUUGAGUGUGUUCAUGUUUACACCCAAGCAUUUCUGAACAAAUGAAACUUCCCCUCCACUGAAAAGAGGCACUUUACUUUAGGAUUUGGACUGUCUGCAAACUUUCCCUGCGUUUUGGUUCUUAACCCGGGUAAUCCUGUUUGUACACAGACCCCCUCUAUGUGGAGAAACACCACCUCAACCCACCCCCAGCUCCUUGUAACCAGAAGAGUUUUAUGGAGAGUCACAGCACCGAAAGGAUUGUUUUCUUUCCUUUCCUUCCCUUCCCAAAAGCCAGAGAUGGCUUGGGGGGCCGAUGCUGCCCAUGGAAUGAAACUGUUCCAAGUGUUUUCUCUCAUAAGCACAAAGAGUCACCAGGAGUCUUUAGAAAGUAGUCUGGAUAGAUGGAUCUCCAGGUACUGACAUCUGAAAGCUCUGAGCAUAUCUGCAGGUGGUGGGGUCUAGAGUCCCCCCCACACACACACACACACACAUACACAGGCAGGACAUACAUGGGCAGGAGGGACUAGGCAUUGGAUUCAUCAGGCACAGGGUUCAUCCAGUGGGGAGAGAAAGACAAACCUCUCCAACCAGGAAUGCAGGGUUUUGCUCAUAUGCAGAGAGCUGGCUUUUGCAAAUUUCCCUAUUGCAAAAUAAAAGAAUGUGAGAGACUUAAUAUCUGGGAAGAUAAAUGGCUGCCAGAACCCAAGGACUGAAUUGGUUUGACUUUGCCUAAGUUGUUUGUUUGUUUAUUCCUCUAUUAGAUAAAGACAGAAAGAAACUGAGCCUGAAAGGGAGUUAAGGAGAAAGAGAUCAAGUAUUUGAGAGAUACCUACAGCCCUGCUUUGUUGCUCAUAAAGCCCAGUCCUUAUGCAUGGUAGCAUAUGCACUCAGUGCGCCCCCCCCCCCCAGCCCCUGCCUUGCCUGUCUAAACUGUUGUCCUGUUUAUGCCCCUUUACGUGCCUAGGAAACUACUUCCUCUUCUCUCCUGUUCCUCCUUGGUCUAUCCAGACCCAAUGUGACUGAGAAAGCAGCAUGCUUCUUUGUCCUCUCAGAAAAAGUCAAGGGUGGGGCCUCCAGACAACGGUCAGAGUAAAAGGGAACAAGGAAUAAAUGCACAGCCAGUUGGUAGAGCCUUAGGCAAAGUGUUCCUUUCACACACAGUGGUUUGUCUGCCUACCCACAAUGUGACAACAAGUUGGAAAGGUCCUGUCAUCCUCGGUGACAUGGACUUGUCAAGGAAAAAAAAAUGAGAAAAACCACAGCUUUGGGCCUUCUACCAGCCAGAGCUCAGCCUACCCAUCUCAUAUUUGCUGCUAAAUCAGUCUGUCUGGUGCUUAGAAACCUCAUGGAUUUCCCUCAGGACCAGGUUUUUAAACAUGAAAACAAACAACUAGUAUGGGCAGCUGUCAAAUCCAAAGUUUCGGUCCUGUUGGAAGGAGAAAACCUUUCCUGCGUUUGGGUUCAAACAGAAAACGCUAAAAUCUUUUUUGAGGAAAUUUGCUAAGUGGCUUUCUUUGAGUCAAAGAAAAAAAAAAGGGAGCAAUGUAUUCCUCUCCCAGAAAAUGACAUUCCAUGGCAUCUUUUUGCCCGUCUGAGUCUGCCCUUAUUGUACUGGACCUAAGCACUUUAUACAGAUGGGCUGCAAAUCUUGCAGGCAUUAAUUUGAGGGUGUUAAAACUAGAUUUUCCUGAUUGGUCCCUCUAACUAGCUGAACUAUAAAAUAAAUAAUUGCUGACUAAAUGGACCUAAGAUAAGGUUAAAGUGCUGUGAGUAUCACACUGUGGUCUCUAGCAGAGAACAAACAUACAUGUCAAAGAGUUAAGUGUUACUUUAAGUCACAAUAAAGUGUCUAUUGUACAAGU